GGCUGAAGCGAGAGUAGCGGCCGGCGCGGCGCCGCUCUAGGCUAUGAAAGAUGGCAAGUCCAGAAAGAAGUAAACGGAAGAUAUUAAAAGCAAAAAAAACAAUGCCUCCAAGUUGCCGGAAGCAAGUAGAGAAACUGAAUAAGUCAAAGAAUUGUGAAAACGUGAAAACAGCAGUGACUGGGAAUGGCUUAUCAAGUGGUCAUCAGAAUUCAUGUACCAGUAUCAUAAGUAACACAUGUAGACCUUUUGAAAAUGAUGUUUCCUCAUCGGAGUCCAGCAAAAAUUCAGUAUGCCCACAGAAAAGUAAAGUAUACUCUCAGAAUUCAGUACAACAAAUUGUUGAUUCAGAAACAAGAUUGGGAUAUGCUGAAGAACAAGUUGUGUGUCCUUACCAAAAGCCAAGUGAAACAGGAGAAUCUCCCAGGAAACUUUCCAUGCAAGAAGCAAAAGAUUCACAAAACUCUUCUGAAAACCAUUUUGAAUGUCAGACAAAUGUAACAAGAUCCUUUUUUGAACAACGUGAAGACAAUUAUAACCUGAAAUCUAUUUGCUCUCCGUCCAGUGUAUUGAAUAGUGUAGUUCAGAUGUCAAAGUCCGUAGUAAUCAAUUCCUUGGAUGAUGACAGGAUCAGCAACAUUGUUUCUUAUUUAGAAAUAAACUCCAAUUUUCAGUCAUAUGAUAAAAAGCAAAAUGACAGCUUAUGUUCUGACACCCAUUUUGUGGCUGUUGAUAAAAUGACUAAAUUAGUUAAUUCAGUCAUUUCCAAUAACUGUGCUGCUAACAUUUUGAAAAGUGAAGAAUCCUGCAGAACCUGUCAUUCCAGCAUUUCAAAUUGUGAAAAUACAGACUCGACAUGCCUAUCAUCACUUGACACUGAUAGUACUAACAGCCAUAAUCAAAAGAAGAGGAUGUUUUCAGAUAACAAAGAAAAUGUUAAGCGCAUGAAAACUUCAGAUCAAAUUAAUGAAAAUAUGUGUGUAGCUCUGGAAAAGCAGACAGCAUUGCUGGAGCAGGUCAAACAUUUGAUUCGACAGGAGAUUUGUAGCAUAAAUUACAAACUGUUUGAUAACAAACUGAGAGAAUUGACUGAACGUAUUGGGAAGACACAGUGCAGAAAUAAACAUGAAGCGAUAGCUGAUAAACUCUUCGCAAAAAUAGCAAAACUUCAAAGACGUGUUAAAACGGUUUUGUUAUCCCAAAAGAAUUGUUUAGAACCAAAUGUAUUAUCCAAGAAUAUAGCCUAUAAGGUUACAGACUCAGAGCCCAUUCAUUUGGAUAAGAGUCAAGAGUCAGUUAAUAAUAGUCCAGAUGAAAGAAAGACUUCUGUGACUAAUAAGUCUUCUAACCUUUCAGAAAAAGCAAGUGAAAAGGUUUUGUCAUCAGAUCAUGAUGAGGCUGUUUCUGAAAGUAACAAUGAUGAUGUUAUGUUCAUUUCUGUGGAAAGUCCUAAUUUGACAACUCCAAUUACAUCAAAUCCAACAGAUUCUGGGAAUUCUAACAGUUCACCUGAUGCUGAAACUGAAGCUGUAGAGAAGAAAAGUGAUUCUGUGAUUGAUUUGACGAAAGAAGGCCAGUCGAACCGUAACACAGAAGGUACAGUAUCCACCAGGGAGUCACCUACAAAAGCUGUUUCAAUCUCCAAGGAGACAGUUCCAGUGGCAAAAAAUACAGCCCAGGUUCUUGAAUCUUUUAAGCACCUGCCACCUCUCCCAGAACCACCACCACCACUUCCUGAACUGGUAGACAAAAUCCGAGACACGCUUCCACCCCAGAAGCCUGAGCUCAAAGUGAAACGUGUGCUGAGACCCAGGGGCAUCGCCUUAACUUGGAACAUCACCAAAAUUAAUCCCAAAUGUGCUCCCGUAGAGAGCUACCACCUCUUCUUAUGCCAUGAGAACCCUAGUAAUAAGUUGAUUUGGAAGAAAAUUGGAGAAAUUAAAGCUUUACCACUCCCAAUGGCCUGUACUUUAUCUCAGUUUUUAGCUUCCAAAAAGUAUUACUUUACUGUCCAAUCAAAAGACAUUUUUGGGCGAUAUGGACCAUUUUGUGAUAUAAAAUCUAUCCCUGGGUUUUCUGAAAACCUUACCUAAUGACCUUAAUAUUUAUAUGCUGUACUAUAUUUUGUGUUGUUUUCCAUAUUUGAUUUGUUACUAUGUUCCUCUAACACUAUUUGCUUUCUUAAAGGGCCACUUCAGAUUGUGAACCCUUUGUUACAGGGUCAGUCUUCUUCCCUGUCUGUAAGAGGCCUCUGGUGUCAUGAAUUGAUGCAUUUCCAAUUUGCAUGUACUGAAAACGGGUUAUGUUCUGACAUAUUAUCAUGGACCUUGGUCGCUAGGUGGUGCUAUGUGUGAUGCCUUCAGUGACUGGGGCUUCUGUUACAGCAGAGGACCUAGAAGACAGCAGCUGCCACUGCCUCUGUGGCCUGGUGGCUUUUGGUGACCUGCUGGUAGGCAUAUAGGUAACAGGGAAAAUCGGCUGUCACUGAGGCCAGAUCACCCCUGUGGUGCAUC